GGCCGUUGAACCCAACCACCAUACACUAUCGUGACUUACAAAUACUUCCGUUCCGUUGUAGGGGACCUUUAUCCACCUCACUCACUCUCUCUUCCCUUCCUUUCACAGUUUCACUCUCCUCCCUCACUCGAUCAAUCUUUCACCGGAGCUCUAUACAGCUUCGUUUUGUUGCAGCGAUCAUGACUUUGAAAUCGUUCGUACAAGUACAACCGGAUUCUCACUUCCCCAUCCAGAACCUCCCGUAUGGAGUCUUCCGGCCGGAAUCGGGCUCGACCGCCCGACCUGGCGUGGCUAUUGGUGACUACGUUUUGGACUUAUCUGAGAUUGCUCGUGACGGCCUUUUCGACGGCCCAGCGCUCAAAGGCUCGGAUUGCUUCCUUCAGCCAAACUUGAACAAGUUUUUGGCUAUGGGACGUCCGGCAUGGAAGGAAGCUCGCGCCACCCUUCAAAAGCUGUUGGCAGCCACUGAACCUACCUUGCGUGAUAAUGCAACUUUAAGGCAGAAAGCCCUUGUUCCAAUGGAAAAAGUAGAAAUGCUCCUUCCUGCUGUGAUUGGGGACUACACAGACUUUUUUGCUUCCAUGCAUCAUGCAAAGAAUUGUGGACUUAUAUUUCGUGGGCCGCAGAACCCAAUCAAUCCGAACUGGUUCCAUCUUCCGAUUGCAUAUCAUGGACGGGCAUCAUCUAUUGUCAUAUCUGGAACAGAUAUUAUUCGACCAAGGGGUCAGGGCCAUCCUACCGCCAAUUCUGGACCAUACUUUGGGCCUUCCCUAAAGCUAGACUUUGAGCUGGAAAUGGCUGCCAUAGUUGGGCCCGGAAAUGAGUUGGGAAGGCCUGUGGAUGUCAAUGAGGCAGCAGAUCAUAUCUUUGGACUUGUGUUGAUGAACGACUGGAGUGCCAGAGAUAUCCAGGCAUGGGAAUAUGUGCCUCUUGGGCCUUUUCUUGGAAAGAGCUUCGGAACUACUAUAUCUCCUUGGAUUGUGACACUGGAUGCUCUUGAACAAUUUGCUUGUGACGCUGCCAAACAGGACCCCGCUCCAUUGCCAUAUCUAACUGAAAAGAUAUCCAAAAACUAUGAUAUUUCCUUGGAGGUUGAAAUCAAACCUGCUGGACAUGAGGCUUCGUGUGUGGUCACGAGAAGUAAUUUUAAACACUUAUAUUGGACAGUAACUCAACAACUUGCCCAUCACACUAUCAGUGGUUGCAACCUAAGGCCGGGUGAUCUCCUUGGAACUGGCACCAUUAGCGGACCUGAGCCUGAUUCAUAUGGAUGCUUGUUAGAGCUGACAUGGAAUGGACAAAAGCCACUUACCCUAAAUGGGACUGCUCGUAAAUUUCUGGAAGAUGGAGAUGAAGUCAUCUUUACUGGUUUCUGCAAGGGAGAUGGUUUCCUUGUUGGUUUUGGCAAAUGCUCAGGAAAAAUUGUACCUUCACCCCCUUGAUGAACUUGAUUUGCUUAUGGAAGCAGGUCGCGAAUGAUCUCGUAGCAUCACUUGGGAGUUCAACGUGGUUGUACUGGAUCAGCCAAUCAGCUUUGCAAAUUUAUCUCAAUUGUUUCGUAAUAUUUGCUGUUUGAAAGUCUCUCUCUCAUGUGUUCUUAAUAGAAACGCUGCUACGCUUCAAAAGGCGCUGGGAUAGUCAAUAGUGACUUCCUCGGUGCUGAGGAGAAGGAAAUCAUGAAUUCAAGUGCAUAAUAUCAAUAAGCCUUCUUCACAGC